AUUGGCAUUUGGUCCGAGGAUAGCAAACUAGACAAUGGGCUCAACAUAAGCACGCAAUGGAUUAAUCACUACUCGAUGCUCACCCUACAAAACACCCACCUAGUUAUUACCACGGUGCUCAACGACCCGUAUACCAUGGUUAAGGAGUCGAGUUUUAAACGUAGUGGGAAUGACCAGUUUGAGGGCUAUGCCAUCGAUUUGAUACAGGAGCUGUCGAAGCUCCUACACUUUAAAUACGAGUUUAGAUUAGUGAAGGAUAUGGCGUAUGGUAGGCCCGAUAAAAAUGGCACCUGGAACGGUAUGAUAGGAGAGCUGAUCCGAGGGGAGGCCGACAUAGCGGUCGCCGAUCUCACCAUAACCUCCAAACGUGAGGAGGCGGUCGACUUUACCCACCCAUUCAUGAACACCGGGAUCAGCAUACUGUUCAAAAAGCCCACCAAAAAAGUCACCUCGCUAUUCUCGUUUUUAUCGCCCUUUUCCAACAUCGUGUGGAUCUACGUGGUGGGCGCCUACGUGGGGGUGUCGUCCAUGCUGUUCAUCGUGGGUCGACUGUCCCCCUACGAGUGGGAGAACCCCCAUCCCUGUCGUAAGGAGGACCAGGUGCUCGAGAAUGGGUUCAGUUUGUCGAAUAGCUUCUGGUUCACCAUAGGCUCGCUUAUGCAACAGGGGAACGACCUAUCGCCUAAAGCCAUGUCUACACGCACAAUAGCGGGCAUAUGGUACUUUUUCACCCUGAUCAUGAUCGCCUCGUACACCGCCAAUUUGGCCGCCUUUCUAACGGUCGAGAAGAUCGUGUAUCCCAUCGAAAACGCCGAGGGGUUGGCCUCCCAGGACCACAUCAAAUACGGUUGCCUUCAGUCCGGGUCCACCGCCUCCUUCUUCUCCGAGUCAAACAUAACGACAUACAAAAGGAUGUGGAAAUUCAUGUCCAGCCACCCGGAUGUGCUCCAGAGGUCUAAUGAAUACGGCAAACGUGCCGUAGAAAAAGGAGAGGGGAAAUAUGCCUUUCUCAUGGAAAGCGCUUCCAUAGAGUAUACCGUUGAGAGGAAUUGCAAUUUAACACAAAUCGGGGGCCUUUUGGACAGCAAAGGGUACGGCAUCGCCGCGCCUAAAGACUCGCCAUUACGGACACCCCUGAGUCAGGCUAUACUCCAACUGCAAGAGUCCGGCGCUCUCCUCAUAUUGAAGGAGCGCUGGUGGAAGCAGAAGAAGGGCGGCGGACAGUGUAUGGACGACGCCAAGAAGGGGUCGGGUAGUGUCACACCCCUUAAGAUUGAUAACGUGGGCGGCGUUUUCGUGGUGUUAUUGGGCGGCCUAUCAUUCUCGCUGUUUGUGGCGAUCCUGGAGUUCAUGUGGAAGGCUAGGAAUUUUACGCUGAACCAGGUCAGUUUGGGUGGUAGCUAG